GAGUGCGCUCUCGUAUUUAAACAGUAAAUUCUUUGGAUCGCUCUGUGUAAACCGUCCGGCACCAGGAAUUGUCUUUCCAUAUGGCGCAGACAGCUGAUCGGCUUCCAUCAGGUCCAAACUUGAGCAACAAGCCUUUCAGAGCCACAUACAUCUGGAGCAACAUCAUCCAUGCCCUUCACACCCAGGUAGAAGUGAAGAAGAGGAGGCACCACCUGAGGUCUCACCCGGACUGCUUCAUCGGCUCAGAUGCCGUGGACGUUAUAUUUGCCCAUCUGGUGCAGCAUAAGUAUUUUGGGGAUGCAGAGAUCUCCCGCUCCAAAGUGGUGCGUGUGUGCCAGGCUAUCAUGGACUGUAAAGUGUUCGAGUCGGUGCUGACCACGUGUAUGUUUGGGAAGGAGAAGAAGCGAUCGGUCUUUGAGGACAGCAGCUGCAGCCUGUACAGGUUUCUCAACGCGCCCAGCCAUCCAGCUGGAAUGAUUGACAAGGACAAUGGGCACUGUACUCCGCAGAGAUAUACGGGAAGGCAUGAACAGGCUGUCUUCCAGUCCUCUCACCUCCAGUCACAGAACUUGGAAGAUCUUUGGGCUAACCUCAGUUUGACUCCUGCUGACCCAACACAGAUGAAUCUCCCAAUGGACCUACCUCCCAAAGUUCUCACUGAAGUCUGGCAGGAACAGACCAUACGUAGGCUUCUUCAGCUGGUAGAUCUGCCGGUGUUGGAUUCCCUCUUGGAUAAUACCCCUUCAGUACAGAAGCCACAGUCUUCGAAGAGUGAGGAGCUGAUCAUAACCAGUCAGUACCUGGACAGGGAGAUUCUCAAGGCGUUCAGUGACUCUCAGGCAGAUGAAUGGGUUUCUGCCGCGGUCGAUUGCUUGGAGUUUCUUCCCGAUCACAUAGUGGUAGAAUUGAGCAGAAAUCUUCCAGAGCAUCAAGGCAAAGAUGGAUCAUGGAAACUACUCCUGUUUGAGACCUUGAGCAAGUACUACAGCCAGACCCGAGUUCCCUUGGUCACUAACCCAUUUUUUGACAUUCACACGGGGAUUGCUGAGCUCUUAGUGAAUGGGAAGACCGAACCAGCACUGGAAGCCACACAGUUGUGCUUGAAGCUCCUAGAUUCCCAAAAUCGUGAAGAAUUUCGCCGGCUCCUCUAUUUCAUAGCAGUUGCUGCAGAACCUUCAGAGUUUAGACUCCAUGAAGAGAGCGAUAACAGAAUGACCGUUAAAAGGAAAUUCUCCAAAGCCAUCGUAAAUAACAAAAACCUCUCCAAAGGGAAAUGUGAUCUUCUGGUGCUCUUCCUCUUGGACCACCAUAAGGAUGUCUUCAAGAUCCCUGGGUCCCUGCACAAGAUGGUCAGCGAUAAACUUGCAGCCAUACAACAAGGGAGAGACCCAGACAAAGACGCAGGUUACUCCUUCUGCCAGAGGGUUGACAAAAGUGAGUUUGACAGAACCGCGCGGCAAACGACUCGGACUGAGCUCUGGACUUUACUGAAAACCAUCUACGAGAACGAUAAACUUUCCCCCAAAGAGAAGAAACGCCUGUUGGGUCAGUUCUAUAAAAGUCACCCGGAUAUUUUCAUUCAGUUUUUUGGGGACAAAGUGAGCGCUGUGUAUAUGUAAAAAAAAAGUUUGUAAAUGGUUAAUAUGAUGUAAAUGUAAAGUGUUAAUAUUGUAUAUGU